AUAAAUAUUAAUUAUCAUAUAAAUUUAAUAAAAAGUUAAGUAAAAUAAAUUAUCAUCAAUAAAUAAAUGUAUCCACCAUAAUAGCAAUAGUAUAAUCAAUAACCCUAUGGUUAAGGUUAUGGAUAAUAAGGUAUGCCUAACAUUUAAAUGAUGCCUAUGCAAUAGUAUGCAGUAGUGGCUAUUUAAAACGGAUUGUAAAAGUUAGCUUCUGCUUAAGGUAUAUUUAUUGAAUAGAAGUUAGAAGUCAUUGAGGCAUUGACUGGAUGCUAAACUCCUAAUGUCUACAAGGUUUAUCCUGCUGAUGUUAAUGGUAUAUAAACAUCAGAUUAAACUAUAUUCAAGUGUAAAGAACUUAGUAACUGUUGUGUACGUUAAUGCAUAGCCCCAAGCUGCCGUCCAUUUGAUAUGGCAGUCACAAAUUAGCAAGGAAAAUUAAAUUAUGGAUAACUUUCUGGCUCAACUUUUAUUUAAAUGUAGCGUCCAUUCAAGUGUACAUGCCUUUGCUUCAACCGUCCUGAACUCUCUGUAACAGUUGUAGAAAAUGGGAUGAAUUAGUAUCUAGGAAAAAUUAGAGAACCAUUUAGAUUUUGUGAUCUUUGCGUUGAAAUUGAAGAUGCUGCAGGCAAUCUCAAGUUUAUAAUUUCUGGAUCCUGCUGCUAACUUGGUUAUCUUUGUAUGGGUUGCCCUUAUCAAUCUUGCCAAGAAUUAACUUUUGAAGUAAAGAAUCCAGCAGGUGAACUAAUUACAAGAAUUUUAAAGAAAUCUGCAGGUUGUCUAAAGAGUUGUUUUGGUAAAACAGAUAACUUUACUAUAGGUUUCCCUCCUGGUUUGUCUCCUGAAGACAAAGCUCUUUUUAUGGCUGCUACUCUUUUAAUUGAUUAUAUGUACUUUGAAAAUAAAACAGAACAACCAAAUGAUUUAUGA